UAGAGGCUGAGGGGCCGGGUCCGAGUGCAGGCAGGGGCGUCAUGGAUGUGGAUGCUGAGAGAGAGAGGAUCUCCAGGGAGAUCGCGCAGCUGGAGAGGAUCUUGGACCCCUCCUGCCCGAGUGUCAGCAUGGACGUCUCGGAGUCAAGUCUCGACUCGGAUUCGGAUGCAGAUUCGCUGCCCGACGAGGACUCGGACUCGGACGCUGCUGGCCCACUGCUCUCGGAGGAAGAGAGGUGGGGUGAAGCCAGCAACGACGAGGGCGACCCCAAGGAGAAGGCACUCCCUGAAGACCCAGAGACCUGCCUGCAGCUGAACAUGGUCUACCAGGAGGUGGUCCGGGAGAAGCUGGCGGAGGUCAGCCUGUUGCUGGCCCAGAACCGGGAGCAGCAGGAGGAGGUCAUGGGCGACCUCGCGGGCGUCAGGGGCCUCAGGGUGAAAGACGGCAGGAACCCGCCCCCGAACCUGUACCUCGGACACUUCAUGAAGCCCUACUUCAGGGACAAGGUCACGGGAGUGGGGCCUCCUGCUAAUGAGGACACGCGGGAGAAGGCUGCCCAGGGCAUCAAGGCUUUCAAGGAGCUCCUGGUGACCAAGUGGAAGACCUGGGAAAAGGUCCUGCUCAGGAAGUCGGUGGUGAGUGACCGCCUGCAGCGGCUGCUCCAGCCCAAGUUGCUCAAGCUGGAGUACCUGCAGCAGAAGCAGAGCAGGGCCACGAGCGAGCUGGAGAAGCAGAUCCUGGAGAAGCAGGCCAGGGAGGCGGAGAAGGAGGUGCAGGACAUCAAUCAGCUCCCAGAGGAGGCCUUGCUGGGCGACAGGCUGGACAGCCAUGACUGGGACAAGAUCUCCAAUGUCAACUUCGAGGGAGGCCGCAGCACGGAGGAGAUUCGCAAGUUCUGGCAGAACUACGAGCACCCGAGCAUCAAUAAACAGGAGUGGAGUGAACAGGAGGUGACCCAGCUGAAGGCCGUCGCGGCCAAGCACGGCCACCUGGACUGGCAGAGUAUCGCCGAGGAGCUGGGGACGCGCCGCACCGCCUUCCAGUGCCUGCAGAAGUACCAGCAGCACAACCCGGCCCUGAAGCGCAGGGAGUGGACGGAGGAGGAGGACCGCAUGCUCACGCGGCUCGUGCAGGCCAUGCGCGUUGGCAGCCACAUCCCCUACCGGAGGAUCGUCUACUACAUGGAGGGCCGGGACUCCAUGCAGCUCAUCUACCGCUGGACCAAGAGCCUGGACCCCGGCCUGAGGAAGGGGCUCUGGGCCCCAGAGGAGGACGCGAAGUUGCUUCAAGCAGUUGCGAAGUACGGGGAGCAGGAUUGGUUUAAAAUCCGGGAAGAGGUGCCAGGUAGGAGCGAUGCCCAGUGCCGAGACCGAUAUCUCAGAAGGUUACAUUUCAGCUUGAAAAAGGGACGAUGGAAUUCCAAAGAAGUGAAGAAGUUAAUUGAAUUGAUAGAAAAAUACGGUGUCGGUCACUGGGCAAAAAUAGCCUCUGAACUACCCCAUCGGUCAGGCUCCCAGUGCCUGAGCAAAUGGAAGAUCAUGGUCAGGCAGCGGCAGCGGGCCCGCCGCAGGGCGCGCUGGAGCCCCAGCAGUGGGAGCAGCAGCGACAGCAGCUGGGAGGGUUCAGAGCCCGAGGAGGCCCCGAAGGACGUCCCGGAGGAGGCCCCAGUGGGCGGCCCGGAGCCGCCGCCAGCUCAGUACGCCGUGCCGGACAUGGACCUGUGGGUGCCCGCCCGGCAGAGCACAGAGGAGCUAGCGGGAGCGGUCGCCGGGGGCUGCCUACGCCCUCCUGAGGGCCCUGACACGGCCCAGGCCCCAACCCCAGCCCCAGCCCCCGCAGGGCAGCUGGCCUCCAGGAGCCGGAGCGCAGACCUGAGGAGCGUCGGGUGCCCGUGCCCAGUUGCUGCUCACUGCUGGAGCUCCAAGGGGCCACUGGGCAAGGAGAGGCUGAGGCAGCUGCACCCACCUGGCUCAGCCCCAGGGCUCGGCCCUGGCGGCGGCAGCAGGGAUGAGGCCAGGGCCCGCGUGCAGCCACAGCGGGCCAGGACCAUGCGGCGGCGCCAGGGACGUGCCCUGCAGAGGGGGCUCUUGGAGCACAAGCUCCUGACGGCUGUGAGCCCCUGGGUGGGGGAAGUCGACCUGCUCUGCGCUCGCCCAAGGCCCGCCACGUGGCCCCGUCGAGCUGACGGUAUCAGGAGACAGCUGCAGGGCGCCCACCUGGCCAGCACCCCAGUGUUCGCCCUCCUCAUUCAGCUGUUCCAGAUUGACACGCCUGGCUGCGUGGAGGUGGUUCGAGAGAGGAAGACCUGGCCGCCCGCCCUGCUCCAGGAUGGUGCCUGGGACCCGCCGCCCCUGCAGGAACCCUCGAGUGCCCGCAGCGCCCCAGGCUGCCUCACCCAGAGCGUGCCAGCCCAAGGGGCCGCGAAGCAGAGCACCUGCCCUGAGGGGGUCAGAGGGCCGCAGGCCUGCUACGCAGCGUCCACACCGCAGGCGCCCGCCCCGGCUCCGUGCAGACCCCGGCCCAAGCCCAAGACCGUGUCUGAGCUGCUUCGGGAGAAGCGGCUGCGGGAGGCCCGAGCCCGGAGGGCCAUGCAGGCCCCCGCCGUCCUCUCGGCCCAGGUGCUGGUCUCCGCGCCCGUGGUCCUCCAGCCGCUGGCCCCCCCAGGCACCUCCGUCUCCAGAGUCGUGCUCUCUGGGCCUGGAGGCCCUCCAGUGACCAGUUCCAGUGUUUCGGGCUCCUGGGCACCAGCCAAGGCUGAGAGAGGCCUGACUCUGCACGCCUUUGCCCUCGGCCCGGCCACCUCCAGGGCCCCUGGCCAGGUUCCUGCAAGUUGCCCACUGAGUGCUCUUGGACAGUCUCAGGCCCCUGCCACGUCCCGGAAGCAGGGCCUGCCUGAAGCACCCCCCCUUCUGCCCGCGGCCCCCAGCCCCGUCCAGCCCGUCAGCCUGACGCCAGCCCUGGGCACACCCACGGUGGCCAGCACCCCUCUGCCCGUCACCUGGGUCCUCACGGCACAGGGGCUGCUCCCGGUACCCCUGCAGGCCGUGGUGAGCCUGCCAACGCUGACAGGGGCUCCUGACCCCACACAGCUGUCGGUGACUCUGCCGCCCUCGCCCGCCGAGACUCCGGCCAGCUGGAGCUGCCCUGGGCCACCAGCAGCCAGCAUAGACGUGGAGCCGGAGCCUCCCUACAGGAUGGAGCCCUUGAGCGAGAGCCCCACAGAGGUGGCUGAGGCCUGUGGCCCUGCGGGACUCGCCUCCCCGGAGGAGGCCCUGGUGGCUGGGGAGAUGUCUUCACCCAGGACUCCCUCCCAGGACAUGCCCCUGGCCCACCACCUGGCAACUGAGCCCCCCAGCUCCAGCCCACCGCCCCUGCACGAGGCCCCAGGGGCUGCCUCAGGGCCCGGGGAGCCCCAGCCUCUGGACCUGGAGGAGCCCUUGCUGCCCUGGCUGGGGCUGGAGAACGGACCCCUGGACUUGAGCCUCCUUUCCCAGGAGAGUGAGGCAGCCACACAGGAGUGGCUGAGGGGGCAGCAAGGGGUGCCCGUGCCCGCCCUGGGGAGCCAGCUGGCCUACCAGCCGCCCACGCUGUGCAGCCUGCGGGCGCUGUCCGGCCUCCUGCUGCGCAAGAAGGACUUGGAACAUGGGGCCGCGGUCCUGGCACCAGAUGGGCCGGCUGGCGCCUUGCAGGCCUCGCUGGGGCGGGUGCGCGAGCGGCUUUGCAACAGCCCAGCCUACCUGCUUCUGCGGGCGCGCUUCCUGGCCGCCUUCACCCUGCCUGCGCUCCUAGCCACCCUAUCCCCCCGCGGCAUCCCCACCACCCUGUCGGCAAGCGCCGGGCCUGACCCUGAGACAGACAGUGAUGACUUCGACCCGGAGGAGCCGGAGCUCACUGACAGCGACGGGCAGCCCGGGGACCCCACCCAGGGAGCCCCAGACCCCAGCCAGGGCCCUGCCCGCUCCUGCCUGGACAGCCCCGACAGCCCGGACAUGCUGCAGACACGGCGCUUGAGGCAUGUCCGCAAGCGGCGGCGGCUACAGUGAGCCGCGGGAACGUGAGCCCUUCGGGCAGGUGCAGGGUCCCCCGUGACCAAGUAGGCACAGCCUGAUGGGUCUUCAUGAACUGAGACUCGAGCCCAGGAGGACGUUUGCAGAAGCAAGAACUACAGCCUCUGAGCAGCGUGGACGUGCUGCGGGAGGUCCUUGGUCCUGGAGUGGAUGGAUGAGGGCAGUGCACGGGGCCCUGGGUGAAUGGGGACUGAGAGGGGCCGCCUGCACCAGGCCCACUCAGGCUCCAGGGUGUGUCCUCCGCGUGGCCCUCCACAGACUGCAGGCGGGCAGCACGCCUCGCUCCUCCCCGCCCGGCCCCCCAAGGCAGCGCUGCGCCUUUGCCUUGCUCUCUGCGGGGUCCGGUUGGGGUCAGAGCACCCUGUCACGAGGGUGUCCUUACAUUCUAGGACUGCCCAGGGCUUGCCAGCCGGUGCAGCUGACAGGCGGCGGGGGGGGGGCCCAUGCUGGACCUGGGUGAGCCCACCUGGGGGGUGGUUCCGCCAGCAGUCAGCACGUUGUCCUAG